AGGAGGGAGCAACCCGCGCGUGGACAGCAUUGAACUCGAUACUUGCCUGACAAGACGGGGUGUGCGAAAAGAGAGAUGACUCCCAACACACGAGACUCGGGAGAAGAACGGAUGAGGAAGAGGGCCGAGAUGCAGCCUUCUGACGAUGAGGUCAACGGUCAAAGCAGUGGAGAGGAGGCCUCCGACAACGAUAGCUGGGACGACGAGGACUUGGACGAAAAUGAAGCCGCAACGGAAGAGCAGCCAAACAAGGAGCAGGGAGAAUCGAUUGGCGAGCGUCUCAUCAAACUGUCGCAUGGAGCGGGGCCAUCAAGGCGAAAACGCCACAUUAGAGACAGCACUGGAGGGGAACAAAAACAAGCGAACGCCGCAAAGACGGCACGGGAUCGCACACGCUCCGGCAUUGCUGCCCACCAGCAGGCAAGAGGGGGGAAUUCGGGAUCCGGCCGUACCAAGGUGCCAAGUCGAGCCAACAAGAACAGACCUCAAGAGGCAUCGUCUCGGCGGGCGGUCGGGCGAUUCCGAGAAGUGGUCGUGACCAAGCGCAAGACAUCUAGAGAUCCACGAUUCGAGGGCGGAGGGGGGUCCAGUAAGCUCAACUAUGAUAUUUUCCGAAAGGCAUACGGCUUUCUUGGGACGUAUCAGGACAGCGAAAUUGAAGAACUGAAAAAGUCUCUAAAGAAGGAGAAAAACCAGGAGCGUUCUGGGAGACUGCAGGCACUCUUGACCCGUCUUCAGCAAGAAAGGGCGGAACGAUCUCAGGGCGAUCGGACGCGCACGGCAAUUCGUGAGGCAAAGAAGAAGGAGCGCGAAGCCGUUGCCAGUGGGAAAAAGCCAUUCUUCCUCAAGGGCAGUGAGAAGAAAAGGCUGUCUCUCGAGCAAAGGUACGAGGGACUCAAGGAGGACGGCAAGCUAUCCAAGUUCAUGGAAAAGAAGAGGAAGAAGAAUGCUGCCAAGGACCACCGAUGGCUUCCAAGCAAGCGCCAAAAGUGA